UGUGCAAGAUUUAUUUAAGUUCAUUAAUAUUAAAAUACGUUUAACAAUGUCGGUAAUAACACGAGUUGUUAAACCUUCCACCCAUAAGGGAAAAAAAGCAAUUGUAAAAAAAGAACCGAAAUUAAUUGAAGAUGCUAAACAAGCUUUUUGUAUUCGAGGUAGAAAUACUUCUCAAAUAGUUUAUAAUUGCAUGAAAGAUUUGUAUGAUCUCAAAAAACCUGACGUACAAAUGAUGCAGAAAACAAAUGACAUACUUCCAUUCGAAGAUGCAACAGCUAUUGAGAAAUUUUCGAUAAAGUUGAACGCACCACUUUUUAUAUUUGGUUCGCAUAAUAAAAAACGUCCGCAUAAUCUUGUAUUUGGUAGAAUGUACGAGCAAACGUUAUUAGACAUGGUGGAAUUUGGUAUAGAAAAUUAUAAAAGUUUAAAGGAAUAUAAAGUUCCGAAAAUUUCCGUAGGAAUGAAACCUAUAUUAAUUUUUAACGGUGAACUUUUUGAAAAUAAUCAACAAUACAUUAGAAUAAAAAAUCUAUUUGUUGAUAUGUUUCAACGUGAAAUAGUUCAAAAAAUCAGAUUACAAGGAUUAGAACAUGUAUUGAGUUUUACCGCUGACGACAACAAGAUAUACUUAAGAAGUUACAGGAUACUUUUAAAAAAAUCAAAUACUAGAAUUCCACGUAUUGAAUUGGAAGAAAUUGGUCCAUCUAUUGAUUUAUCAUGUAGACGUACUAAAUUGGCGUCCGCUGAUCAUUUUAAACAGGCUUGUAAGAAACCGAAAACCCUUAAGGUAAAGAAAAAGAAGAAUAUUUCUACUAAUGCUCUUGGAACUACUUUCGGUCGUAUUCACGUCGGUGCACAGAAUAUUAAUAAAAUACAAACAAGAAAAUUGAAAGGUCUUAAGAAAACAUUAGCAGAAAAGAAAGAAAGUAAUAAAAGGAAAAGUUUAGACGAUAAUGAGAAUAAUAGUAAAAAGGUAAAAAUGACAGAAAAUGAGAUAGCUUCAUAA